CGGACUCAAACAUGUGAUCUGUGUGAGAGCCAAUCAGAAGCCUACAGGUCAUAGGUGCCGAUUUUUUUAACCGGAAGAGAAGAAAAUGGCUACAGCUGCGAGGAACGGAAAGAGCGGACUUCUGGAAAAAUGGAGGAUCGAUGAGAAACCCGUGAAGAUCGAUAAAUGGGACGGAGCAGCCGUGAAAAACUCUCUGGAUGACGCCGCCAAGAAGGUGCUGCUGGAGAAGUUCUGUUACGUGGAGCACUUUGGUCUGGUGGACGGCCGGCUGCUGGUCUGCACCGUGUCGUGUCUCUUCGCUGUCCUGGCUUUAGUGUGGGAUUUCCUGCAUCCUUUCCCUGAGUCCAGACCCGUCCUCGCCUGCUGCGUGGUGUCGUACUUCAUCAUGAUGGGGGUGCUGACGCUGUACACGUCGUACCGGGAGAAAAACAUAUUCCUGGUGGCUCUGCAGAAGGACCCGGCCGGGAUGGAUCCCGAUCACAGCUGGACCCUCUGCUCCUCCCUCAAACGGUUUGAUGACCAGUACACGCUCAGAGUGUCGUUCACGGACGGGAAAACGAAGAGGACUCGUGACGCCGAGUUCACCGAUUCCGUGUCGGCGUUCUUCGACGAGGACGGGACGCUCGCCAUGGACCCGUUUGAGAAGAGCGUCUCCAAGCUGCACGACGCGCUGAGCGCCGACAAGAAGAGCAAAUAAUGCUACAGAUAAUACAUAAUGCUGCAGAUAAUACAUAAUGCUGCAGAUAAUACAUAAUGCUGCAGAUAAUACAUAAUGCUGCAGAUAAUACAUAAUACUUCAGAUAAUACUGCAGAUAAUACUGCAGAUAAUACAUAAUACUGCAGAUAAAACUCCAACAGGUACUCCGGUGGUUUCUGAGACUGCAGGAGAUCUUCGGUUUUUUCGUCACAAGUUUAAACAUUUUUCAAACAGGAAAACUUCUUUCGGUUAUUAAGACUAAAUAUCUUUGGUGCGUUCAAAGACGUCCUCUGUGCAUUUGUGAGGGACCUUAUCGAUAAUUUAACAAAAUGAAGUGCAGCCUGAGAUCCUCGGCAGCCGGUCGUCAGUAUUUCAUCCCAUAAUAACAUUUCAGCUCCACACUCCCUGUUUACAACCCUCAACGCUGAUUUGAAAUGAUUUCAUCAAAUGUUCUGGAAGAGCAUUUCAAGACCAAAAUAACAACAACAAGCAAGCAGCCGUGAUGGUGAAGGAGAAAACAGGGAAGACAACAGGAAGUCGUCUGAAUGUCCAAAUUGAAAUUUAGAUUUGUUUUUUAUUAUUCCCCGUUUUCUCUGUAACGUCUGAAACAAGCGUGUGAACUCAUUAAAGAUGGAGAUUGUUACGAC